UACACACAUAUGGAUUGAUGGAUGUGAUCUCCAAGCUAAGAUAAUAAAGUACGUCAUUAAGAAGCUAAGCCAGGUAGCCAGGGAUGGAUUGCAGUGAGCUGAUUCCUGUGCUGGUUAUGGUGAUCGUGCAGUUAGGAUAUACCGGAGUGAAUAUCAUUGCGACGGCCGUUAUGGGCGCCGGCAUGAAUCCCUUUAUCCACAUAGCUUACCAGCAAAUUUUCGGCAGCCUUGCCAUCAUUCCCUUGGCUUUUUUCAUGGAGAGGAAAACAAGGCCCAAAAUGACUUUGAGGAUAUUUUUCCAAAUAUUUAUGUCGUCACUCUUUGGGCUGACUGGGGAUCAAACGGCAUACUUUGUGGGGCUAAAGCAUUCCACUCCCACCAUUGCAACGGCUUUGGCUAACCUCAUUCCAGCCGUCACUUUUAUCAUAGCCGUCCUCUUCAGACUUGAAAGGGUGGGAUUAAGAACAAAGGCAGGGAAAGCGAAGAUUUUGGGGACCCUAAUAUGCAUUGGUGGGGCGAUGUUGCUAAGCUUUUACAGGGGAGGCGUUGUGAUUGGGCAGUCCAGCAUUUACUGGAAAUAUGCCAAAAAUACAGUGGACAAGAAUAGUUCUAAUCACCCAAGCAGCCAUGCAGAUUUGUUGUUGGGGCCUUUCAUGGUCCUGCUCAGCGUUUGUUUCUAUACUGCCUUCCUAAUCACCCAAACAAGACUGGGAAAGGAGUAUGGAGCACCAUACACUAGCACUGCUAUAGCCUGUGUGCUUGCAAGUAUUGAGUGUGUGACAAUUGCAGUUUGCACUGAUCACAACAUCUCUGAUUGGGCUUUGACUCCCAUGAGAGCUGUCUCCACCAUUUACAAUGGGUUAGUGUAUUCAGCACUAGCAAUCCUGCUGACUUCAUGGUGUGUAGAGAGGAAGGGGCCUUUGUAUGUUGCGGUUUUCAACCCUUUGCUGCUCGUCUUUACUGCCAUUCUCAGCUGGGCUUUUCUUCGCGAAACCAUACAUACCGGCACAGUGUUGGGGUCAAUCCUAAUUAUAGCGGGGCUCUACGUUGUUCUGUUGGGAAAGAAGAACGAGGUGGACGUGAUUAAAGUAGAAGAAGACAAAUUGAAGGAAGCAGCAGGCGAAAGAGAGUGCUAAUUAAUUGAUAAUAAUUGUGCUAGCUUAGCUAAUAUGGGGCUGCCAACUUUAUGACCGGUCAUGAACCCAACAACAUAGGAGUAUAUACUCCGUAUUCGUUAUCUACACGCGAUUUGGUAGAUGCCAAGUGCUCAAAACUUGUACGUUACGUUGUAUUUUCAUAUAAUUGUUUCUAGCAUUAUAUUUAGCAUGUGGAAUAUUACUCAAUUGCACACAAACUUUAUGUAUGUGUUUACCCAAUAGAUGAACACAGAGAGACGCGAGACAUCUCUUUGCCAUAACCAGAGCAUGGAUCGUUUCCAAACACUCUAUAAGAAUAUAAUUUCAAUAUUGUGGUAAUAAAUCAGCUAAGAGAGUUUAAG